ACCGAAUAGUUAAAUUUAACCGACUCAAUAAUUUUUUUUAAUUGAAACCAAACCGACUAAAUAAAAAAGGGAAAAUAUUUCAAAACUUAAUUGAUCGAAUAGGUCGAUAAUUUAAUCGGUUCGAUUAAAACCAUCAAAUAAAUAUUUUUUUUAAAAGGUCAAUUCUUUAUUUAUCCAGUUAGUUCUAUUAAUUUGGAUAUCUCAAAUUUUAAACUGAACUAAUUAAUUGAUUGUUUUAUUAAAAGCGAAUAACCAAACCCAGCUGGGUUCAUCUCAAACGAAGACGAACUCUUCGUCUCCACGACAACAUCUGUGGGUGGUGGAGGAGAAGCGGCAACUGAAGUAGCAGAGGAGAUUGCACAAUGGACGACGAGCGAACUAGGAAACGCCCACGGCUAGCCUGGGACGUCAACCCAUCUGAAUUUUAGGAGCAAAGAAGGGAUCUUGGCGGGAAUGAAGGAGUGAAUUUAAGAAGGCGCGGUUCUUCACCUCCGAUAAGGGAUGAUGAUCGCGAUGGGCAUUACGUAUUUAAUCUUGGUGAAAAUCUUACUCCUCGAUAUAAAAUACUAAGCAAAAUGGGUGAAGGCACUUUUGGCCGAGUUUUGGAAUGUUGGGAUCGUCAAACACGGGAUUAUGUGGCAAUUAAAGUAGUUCGUAGCAUUCGUAAAUAUCGUGUUGCAGCAAUGAUUGAAGUUGAUGUACUUCAACGUAUCGCUAAGAAUGAUAAAGCCAGAAACUCACACUGUGUGCAGAUUCGGAACUGGUUUGAUUAUCGCAAUCACAUUUGUAUUGUAUUUGAGAAGCUUGGACCCAGUUUAUAUGAUUUUCUAAAGAGAAAUAAAUACUGCCCAUUUCCUGUGGAUCUUGUGAGGGAAUUUGGACGCCAGCUUUUGGAAUCUGUAGCAUAUAUGCAUGAUUUACACUUAAUUCACACCGACUUGAAGCCAGAAAAUAUACUUCUUGUUUCUUCUGAAUAUAUAACGGUCCCAGCACGCAAGAGGAGAAUUUCGGAUGAAAACCAUUUCAGGUGCUUGCCAAAGUCAAGUGCUAUUAAGCUGAUUGAUUUUGGUAGCACUGCUUAUGUGGAUAAAAGGCAUGGCUCCAUUGUUUCCACAAGACAUUAUAGAGCACCUGAAGUUAUUCUAGGUCUAGGUUGGAGUUAUCCAUGUGACCUAUGGAGUGUUGGUUGUAUACUUGUUGAGUUAUUCUCGGGUGGAGCAUUGUUUCAGACACACGAGAACUUGGAGCAUUUGGCAAUGAUGGAGAGGGUAUUGGGACCCCUGCCAGAGCACAUGAUUCGAAUGGCUAACCAAGGGGCUGAUAAAUAUUUCAGGAAAGGAUCGAGACUAAAUUGGCCUGAGGGUGCGGUUUCAAGCGAGAGUAUCAGAGCUGUGAAGAAGCUUGAUUCUCUCAAGAAUAUGGUAUCUCAACAUGUAGAAAGCUCAAGAAUUUUAUUGAUAGAUCUGUUGCAUGGCUUACUGAAGUAUGAUCCAUCUGAACGCCUAACAGCUCAACAAGCUCUUAAUCAUCUGUUUUUCAAAAAGAUUACUUAAGGAAUCUCACCACACCACACCACAAAAGCAUAUCAAUCGUUUAUCAUGCUGGUAAUAUCUGAACCAUGGGUUGCUCUUGUGGACUAUGAGUUCUUCCCAUCACUUGUAUUUCAAGAAAUAUUCAAAUGAAUGCAAAUGCUUCUACCUAACACUGGAGGAGUUUCUUA